UAACUCUGAUUCUGUCCACAGAUACUGCUCGACCUGUUGACUUUUUCCAACAAUUUCUGUUUGUUUCCACUCCUAUUGGCUGCUAGUCAGGCUUCGCUCACCCAUUGGUUGCUGCAGUCAGGCUCCACUCUCCCAUUGGCUGCUGUGGUCAGGCCCUUCUCUCCCAUUGGUCUCCACCGAUGACAUUUCUCUCCUUCUGAUUGGUCAGUUGCAGGUUACAGUUGAUGCUUUCAAAUGGCUGAUUCCGAUGCCUCUCCACUGAUUGGAUAUGGCUGAGGAGAACUCUGAAGCUUCCUCCAGAUUCCUUUUCCCCUUCAAGCCCUACUCAAUCCAGGAGGAGUUCAUGAGUGCGCUGUAUGAUGUGCUUGAAGCAGGAAAGAUUGGAAUAUUUGAGAGUCCUACUGGAACGGGAAAGUCACUGAGUCUGAUCUGCGGAGCACUCACUUGGCUCAGAGACUUUGAAGAAAAGAAAAAGGUGGAAGCAGCCCAGCUUUUGGAAGAUCAUGUGCCACAGCAAGGUCUAUCACAUCAUACCCAGAAUGCCUCUGAUGUUGAUGGUAAGGGGCCAGAAGCUAAGGUCUUGGGGGCUGAAUUAGACUGGAUCACUGAUUUUGUACAGAAGAAGGCUGAGCGUGAUCUGGUCGAUAAGUUAAAGGAUGAAGAAUUAAAAAGAAAGAGGAGAGAAGAGCGACUGGAGAAAAUACGUAACAAUGUGCAACUUAAAUAUGCUUUAAAACGCAAGAGAGAUGAUGACAAUGAAACUGAGCGACUCAUUCAGAUGAGUGGAGAAGUGGUGACUUCUGAACACGCUGAGGCUCUGGAUGGGGAGGAUGACAGCUUUAUUCUGGCAGAUUAUGAGAGUGACGAUGAAAAGAAACCACAAGAUUUGAACCUGUCUGAUGAGGAAGAUUUGGAGGAAGAGCAUGUGACAAAGAUCUAUUACUGCAGUCGUACACACUCGCAGCUUGCUCAGUUCAUACACGAAGUCCAGAAAAGUCCGUUUGGCAAGGAUAUCAGGCUGGUGUCACUUGGAUCCCGGCAGAAUAUGUGUGUAAAUGAUGAGGUGAGGCGCCUCCGAUCGCUCCAACUGAUCAACGAUAGGUGCCUGGAAAUGCAGAAAAACAAACGUGCCGACAGAAAACUCCACGAGGAUGAGGUGGAAACUCUGAAACGGAGACGCAAGAGUCGAGUCACGUGCCCGUUCUACAGUCACGAGCAGAUGCAUUCCUUGCGUGAUGAGCUGCUGGUGGAGGUGAAGGACAUUGAGCAGCUGGUGUUGUUGGGGAAGGAGAUGAAGGCAUGUCCGUACUAUGCCAGCCGCUUUGCCAUUCCACCAGCACAGCUGGUGGUGAUGCCAUAUCAGACGCUGCUGCACAGUUCGACCAGGCAGGCAUCUGGCAUCAAACUAAGGGGGCAAGUGUUGGUGAUUGACGAGGCACACAACCUGAUCGAUACCAUCACUGGCAUUCACAGCUACAAGGUGACGGGGUCACAGCUGUGUUGUGCUCACUCUCAACUCUCUCAGUACAUGGAGCGGUACAGAAGUAGACUGAAAGCAAAAAAUCUGAUGUACGUCAAACAGAUCCUUUACAUCCUUGCUAAACUUGUCCACAUUUUAGGAGGGAAGGUUGGACAAAAUCCGAACACGCAGAAGAUUUUUCAGGGUGGCACUGAGUUACAAUCAAUCAAUGAUUUCCUCUUUCGUGCACAGUUUGACAACAUCAACCUAUUUAAAGUGCAACGCUAUUAUAUGAAGAGCAUGCUCAGUCGAAAGCUCUUUGGGUUUGUGGAGAAGUACCAGGUUUCAGUGUCAAAACCAAACAACACACAAGAUCAAAAGGCAUCCAAAACAGCAGCUCUUGAGAAUUUUCUUCAGAAGCUCAAUGAGAAACCCACUGGACAAGUUACACUCCAUGAGCGGGAAGAGGACAUCAAGCAGGAGCAGCCUGUCAUGGCGUCUCCGAUGAUGCAAGUUGAAGGGUUUCUUUUUGCUCUCACCAGCGCUAACAAAGAUGGACGAGUGGUCAUUCAGAAACAAGGUACAGUGUCCCAGAGUAGCCUGAAGUUCUUACUGUUGAACCCAGCAAUCCACUUUGCUGAGGUAGUGAAGGAAUGUCGAGCAGUGGUCAUCGCUGGUGGCACAAUGCAACCGGUGGAAGAAUUCAAAGACCAGCUGCUGUUAGCAUCGGGUGUUUCUGCAGACCGGCUGUUCGAGUUUUCAUGUGGUCACGUGAUUCCCCCAGAGAACAUUUUGCCAAUAAUCCUGUGUAGUGGCCCAUCAGGACAGCAGCUUGAAUUCACUUUCCAGAAGAGGGACAAGGCACAGCUGCUGGAUGAAUGUGGCCGGGUGCUGGUCAAUCUAUGUAAAGUGGUCCCUGGCGGUAUUGUAUGCUUCUUUCCAUCCUAUGAGUAUGAAAAACAAGCGUACACGCACUGGGAAACAACAGGUCUCCUGACACAGCUGGAAGCCAAAAAGAAGAUAUUCCAGGAACCGAAAAAUGCCAGUCAAGUGGAGCAGGUGCUGUCCGAAUACUCUAGAUGUAUCCAGUAUUCAAGUCGCUCGUCAGGCCUGGUCACUGGGGGCCUGCUCUUCUCUGUGGUUGGGGGAAAAAUGAAUGAAGGCAUCAACUUCUCAGAUGACCUGGGCAGGUGUGUGGUAAUGGUCGGAAUGCCGUUUCCCAACAUCAAUUCGCCAGAGCUCCAGGAGAAAAUGGCUUAUCUGGACAAGACCCUGCCAAAAACUGAUGGGAAAACCCCAGGAAAACUCCUCGUGGAAAACCUCUGCAUGAAAGCUGUUAACCAGUCAAUAGGGCGAGCCAUACGCCACCGCGAGGACUAUGCCGCUAUUGUCCUUUUGGAUCAUCGCUACACCCGGCCCAACAUACUUAGCAAGCUGCCGACUUGGAUCAGAGCACGCACACAGGCAGAAGCUUCAUUUGGACCUGCCCUUGCAGCCAUUGCAAAGUUCUUCAGAGUCAAGAAGACCUGUGGAGAUGCUAAGUAGCUACAAGAGACCAUUGCUGGGCUGAGACACCGUUCACAGCAGUCUUACUGGGGCCCUCCAUCUGUUACAAGUCACUCCCUUAGUUAUGAAAUUCUUGCCUAAUUGUAUAAAGACGAAGUUGAUUUCAAAUCCCUUUUUGCUGCUGCUAGUUCUCAUGUGACUGUUUUAUAUUUAUCUAUUAAGUGAUGUUUACCAAAUAUGUUAGAAUGUUUGUAUUUUUUUGCUAAACCUCAAUAAUAAAGGGAGAGGUGGCCUUG